GGACGCUUGUGAAAACCCAGGCCUUGGAGAAAGCCAUGGCGCUUCACUCAAAGUUCCAGAGAAGCUCUUGCGGCCGAGACUAUAUCCUUCACAACAAUAUGGAUGCUACUCCGAGACGUUGUGUCGUGGAACUCCUUGGUCAUGGGAUGUGCUGAGAACGAGGAGGAAGAGUUGGCACUCGAGCUGUUUGGCUGCAUGGGAAUGGGAGAAAACUGCGAGCCAGACUCUAGAACUUUAGUUGCGGUGCUCAAGGCUUGCGCGAUCCUGGCAGCAAAAGAAGAUGGUUGUCACGUUGAUGGGAAGUUCGUGAAGCUGCGGUGCGUGGAAAAGGUCAUCGCUUUGCACGAUAGAGCUCGAGAGAUGGGGUGUGACAGGGAGAUUUACGUGGCCAGCACCCUUGUUGACGCAUAUGCGAAAUGUGGAAGGAUGGCGGACUCGCAGCAGGUUUUCGACUCCUUAACUUCACACAAUGUGGUUUCGUGGACUGCGCUGAUCCGGGGGUAUGUGGAGAAUGGACAGGGAGAGCUAGCCUUGGAGCUCUUCGACAGGAUGAAACGUGAAGGACGCACACUGCCGGAUGCUCUGACGCUUGCUGCUGCACUCAAAGCCUGCGCUACGAUGGCAGCUAGGGAAGAAGGAAAGCAGAUUGAUGGGAGGACUGUGAAGAUGAAAUGGCUGGAGAAAGGAAUGGUCGUUCACUCACAGGCUACGAGGAUGGUGUCAAACUCUGUGCAAGUCGCAAACACGGUCAUCGAUAUGUACUGCCGGUGUGGAAGCAUGCUAAAUGCCCGGAAGGUGUUCGACACGUUAAGGUUUCCGACUGUGGUGUCAUGGAACGCGCUGCUAUUAGGCUACGCAGACAAUGGUGAAGCAGAGCUGUGUCUGGAGCUGUUUGAAGAAAUGAGGCUUCUUCAGUGCUGCGAUCCAAAUUCACGAACGUUCGUCCCCGUGCUGAAGGCGUGUACCUGUCUGGCUGCCAGUGAAGAGGGCCAGAGAAUAGACGGGAAGCUCGUAAAGGUGAAGGCUCUGGAGAGAGGGAUGACUCUUCACGCUCUAGCACGACGAAGUGGCUGGGAAACCGACGCGUUUGUUGAGAGCAGUUUGGUGAAUCUCUAUGCGAGAUGUGGAAGCAUGGUGGAUGCCAGGAAGGUGUUCGACAGCAUGGCCGCUUGCAAUUCAGUGCUGUGGACGACGCUCAUUGUGGGAUACGCGGAAUCUGCCGAGGGACAGGUUGCACUGGACCUGUUUGCUGCUGUGUACGUGCGCACGAAGCCGGACGCUCACACUCUUGCGGCUGCUCUCAAGUCCUGCUCCAGUUUGGUGGCUGUAGAAGUCGGGAAAGCAAUCCAUGCAGAGGUUUGCAGAUCCGGUCUUGAAAACGAUGCCGUGCUGGUGAACUGCCUGGUGGACUUUUACGGGAAGUGUGGGAAGCUGGUCGAUGCGAGCUGCCAGUUUGAUUCAGCUUCGACGGUGGACAUGCUGGUUUGGACUGCGCUGAUAGCUGGUUACUGUCGGCAAGGUGACACAACUCGGGCCUUCGAGCUUUUCAACGGGAUGCAGGACCAAGGCUCCCGACCAAAUGCUGCCACCUUUUUGUGCAUUUUGACGCUGUGCAGCCAUGUCGGUUUGAUCGAGGAAGGAAAGAGGCUCUUUCACUUGAUGCAGACUAGCAGAUACGAGGUACAGGCUGAGAUGGAGCACUAUCAUUGUCUGGUUGACAUCCUUGGCCGAGCCGGGGAAAUCGACAAAGCCGUCGCGGUACUGGAGGCUAUGCCUUUCAAGCCGAGCGCACUGUCAUGGUCGAUAGUACUUGGAGCGUGCCGAAAGUGGAACAAUACUACAGUGGGGAAGCUUGCGUUCGAAUGGUGCUUAAAGUUGGAAGGGAGCAAUGCUGCGGCCUAUUCUUUGAUGGCCAACAUCCAGGGAACUUGCCAGAAGCUAGAGACAGAUCGAAAUUCCUGUUAUUUCUGAGGAUAGAACGAAAGUCAUCUACAUCAAACGA